GUUCUCCUGUAAGGGGACAGACUGCGGCUCCAUGGACAGCCGGGAAGAGCCCGGAGCCGCCUUCGCUGCCGCCGGGGAGGGCGAGGAAGAGGCCGAGAAGGGCCCUGCCUCAUCGGUGGAAGAGACCGAGAAGGGCCCUGCCUCAUCGGAUUCAGAUUCUGACAACGAAGCUGGAGCUUCUGGUGAAACUGAAAGCAAGAAGGUAGUAUGUAUGGUGGGAGCAGGAAUCUCAACUGCUGCAGGGAUCCCUGAUUUCCGCUCACCAGGCACGGGGCUCUAUGCCAACUUGCAGCAGUACAACCUACCAUACCCUGAAGCCAUCUUUGAGAUCAGCUAUUUCAAGCAACACCCUGAGCCAUUCUUUGCUUUGGCCCGAGAACUGUACCCAGGGCAAUUCAAGCCCACGGUCUGCCACUACUUCUUGCGCCUCCUGAAGGAGAAAGGGAUGCUGUUGCGCUGCUACACACAGAACAUAGACACCUUGGAGCGGGUGGCUGGCCUGGGUCAGGAUGACCUCGUGGAAGCUCACGGCACCUUCUUCACUUCCCACUGCAUCAAUUCCGGUUGCAAAAAGGCAUACACCCUGGAGUGGAUGAAAGAAAAGAUCUUCUCAUCUCUCAUUCCAAAGUGUGAGAAAUGUCAAAGUGUUGUGAAGCCAGAUAUCGUGUUCUUUGGGGAGAACUUGCCCUCUCGUUUCUUCUCUCUGAUGCAGUCAGAUUUUCGUAACGUGGACUUGCUUAUUAUCAUGGGCACCUCCCUGCAGGUCCAGCCCUUUGCCUCUCUCGUCAGCAGAGUACCCACAAACACACCGCGGCUCCUGAUCAAUAAGGAGAAGACUGGAGAGAGUGAUCCUUUCAUGUCCCUGAUGGGCUACGGCAGUGGAAUGGACUUUGAUUCAGAGAAGGCAUACAGGGAUGUUGCCUGGCUUGGAGACUGUGACGAGGGCUGCCUGGCUUUGGCCGAGCUGCUGGGAUGGAAGACGGAGCUGGAGGAACUGGUGAAAAAGGAGCACGCUGCCAUAGAUGCCAAGUCGGGCGGGGCAAGUGCCUUCCACCCUCUAACCAAGGAGCAGAAGGAAAAGCCAUCCCCAAAGAAAGAAAAGCCCCCUGGCAGCAAAGAGUGAAGAGGUUUGACAGGACAGGAGGGACGCUUGCUGUGGAGGAAUUAAAAAUCAACAUGGCCACAGGCUGAGUGAUCCUUGUGGCUUGCUGACUUGCCUAACUUGACUUCUUUAAGGGAUGUGGAAGCCCGGGAUCAACAGAAAUAUUCUUCUUGGGAGAUAAUGAAGUGGGGAAUCCAAGCUGGGUUGUGGAAUGGAAGUGAGGAGAUGCCCAGGUAGUAACACACAAAGUCUUUCUGCUGACUUUGGGGGUGUUUGAUUGAAGCCCUAAAUUGCUGAAAUCAUGAGUGAGAAGGUGGAUUCUUGGAUUAGCAAUAUUCAUAUUUCUUUGGGGUUGAGUUCCAUUCAUUUAUGCUUCUGUUUCAUUUGUUAACUUCCAUUAACCCGUGCUAUGUCUGAAGGCUAAUGGAGAGAGUGAUGAACCAAACCAGCCUUGGUCUUAACUCUGCCCUCUUGCUCUUUUUCCUGGAGAACAGAUUCAUUCUUUGGCACCAGCAUGGCCAAGAAAGGCAGUUGGGGAGAGUGGUUGUCCGAGGGGAUUAUCUGAUAACCCUCUUGACCUUUGGAAGGUUGCAAUUUUGCAAGAGUACUUUUAAGCUUUUGCCUUGAUUGUUUUGCAUUAAGCUAUUAUAAGUGGCAAUUAAAUACAAGCACCUUGAUCUAAGGACAGGAUAUUGUGUCUCUUUGCUCUGCUCCUUCAAGCACUUCCUCACAUGCAGGGCCUUUUCUGGUUGGGUUGUUGGAUUGUGUGUGUCUUGGGUUGCUUUUUAUUAUAUAACCUUUCCAAAAGAAAAUUGGAGUAGGUCUCAGCAGAUUAAAAAACAAAUAUUAAAUUACUCAUUUAAAAUUGGAUUAAAAUAAGAUAAUGUCUGAGUGAUGUUAAAAAAACCACCAUAGCCCUUUACAGGAACCCAGAAGCCAGCCCAUAAUUUCUAAAAGAUGCUUGAGUUUCCAGUACUCCUUAUGGAGAAAAUUCCCUUUUCCUGCUGUACAGCCUUGGCACAGAUGGUAACAAAGGUGCGUAUUGGCAUAGACCCCAUUAUCGCUGUUUAUUUGUACGCCACCUUAGAAUCAUAGAUCAGAUUAGUCUGACAUGACUUUAUUUUUCAGAAACCUUUCCAUAGCAGACCAUACUCCAGGUGACUCACCACACCAGAAGGUUUACAUAAUUUGCUUAGUUACAGGGCAUAACAAAAUUUAGAUACAGUAGUCAUAAACAAUAAGCUAAUGAAAACAUCUUGUGUUAGUAAAUAUACAGUAGUAUUACAGUGGCAGUUCUUAAUAAGGUCCAGCAAUAAAAAUUCAAGAACAUAAUCCAGAUAACGGCAAAAAUGAUGCAUCUCGAAAACAAAAUAUUGGUCCCAGCAGUAACCCCUGAACAAGGCUCCACCCUGACAGUCUCUAGGCAUCAUGAGCAGCAACAGCCUUUGUGGCUGGAGUCGGUCAGGGCCUCUGCCCUCCCAGGUUAGGUGGAAGUAGGCCGGGCAAGGCAGGGAGCAGGGUUUGCAAUGAGGUGAUGAAUGAGCCAGAGGCUAUUUCUAUUGUCAGAUACCUUGUGCUAUGCUGCAACUUCAAAAAUCCUUUCUGGGUGGAUAUGUAUCCUUGAUUAAAUAGCUCCCUCUACAGUGAAGGUGGCAGCAUCCUUGCAGUGUUGAGGAUCCUUGUGAGAACCUCCUUGAAAGACAUCUGUGAUUUAUUUGCAAGAAGAUCCAAGUGGGCUUACAUUUGAAAUCCUAAAUUGAGCAACAAAGACAGUAACAUAUCAGAGUACGACCACCCAACGAAACCAUUAAAACGAGAGUCUGCACAAAGCAACACAAUGGGGGGUGGAGUGUUUAGAAACAUUCAGUAUAGGCGACACUGCCACAAUAAAAGGAGCUUGGGAACAACUGUUUGUGGCUCAUGGGAGCCCCUCUGGGGGGAGACUUGCGGAGUCCAGGUGCUUCAACGCUGAAAGGAUCCAGUCCUGUGUAUCCAAUCAACUACGGUACCUGCAAAGGUGGUGGAAAACUGAGCAGGGCAUCUGACGUUGACGGCAGGUGGGCUGGCAGGUUCAGGUGAGAGGGGGCAGCCCUUCAGCUACUCUGCUUCCGAAACAUUUAAGGACUCGAUUUAUAACUUCCGAUGCCUUGUUCUUAGCAUUGUAGUCCCUGGUUUUUUCUGAUCUCUCAUGGGAAUCCACUCAUUCACAAAUCCUACAGUGAUGUCUAGGCUGGCUUGGUCAUACCUACAGAAUGGAAGUUGCCAGGAUUCCCUAAGGAGGUGCUCUGUGGGGAGCUGGCUUCCAGGAACCAGGCCCAUCAACAGAACAACUGUGCAUUACAAAGAUGUCUGCCAACAUGACAUGAAGGCUGGCAACAUCAACCCCGCCAUGUGGGAAUCUCUUGCAGACAACCGCAGUGCCUGGAGACAGACAGGUCGUGCAUCCAUAGCAGUGACCAGAGGAUGAAUGACUGCUGGGAGAGAGCGCAAAAUGAAGAAAUGCCAUGAUACUUAGGCAGCAGCACAACCGGACGCCUUCAUCUGCCCCAGCUGCGAUAAAACAUGUCUCUCCUGCAUCAGUCUCUACAGCCACAGCAGGCGCUGUAACUCCAGCAGUUUGACUUCACCCCCGAAGGUGCACUCUUUCUUUGUCUCACAAGCCAAACGGAUGACAACCAGAAGCUAAGCACCCCAAGGUUGCUUGUCCCUUGCUCUGUUCUCUCCUGCCAGAGGUUUUCAUGCAGCAUU